AUGCCAGAUGUGUCUUGUACGCUGAAGAACAUGCCAGAUCCUGUGACUGCCAGAGAGAGCAUCUGGCUGCCGUUCAUGGAGAAGGAGCUAAAAUGUGAUGAAGAAACAGCCAUCAUCGGACACAGCUCAGGAGCCGCUGCAGCUAUGAGGAUAUUUCAGCCGGCCAUGGGAAUGGGAAAAGAUCAAAACAAACGUGAAGUACAUAAUUCGGUUCGGAUCUACAGACCCUGGGAAGAGCAACAGGAAGUGGCUGAUGGACUGAAGACAGAUCUACAGAAAUACUCAGACCUUUCCAGAGCUCAUCGACGCAGUGAAAAAGCUCAAAACCAACAGCUAAAUACCAAAACUCACCCUUCUUCCUCUGUGUAUUAAAAAAAAUACUCUCAUUUUA